UCUGAAAAGGCGUAAAAAGUGUAAACUAUUGGCAAUGUACCACAGAAGAAUGGCGAAUUAUUAUUUAAGAAUUGCGGCAUGUGAAGCGCAAAAAAAGAAACGUCGAAUAUGGUCAGCGGUGGAGAAAUCGACUUACUGGGAAGCAGAUGUUCCCAAAUUCUCCGAUUAUAAGUUCAAGAACACUUUCAGGGUAGAUAGGAAAACAAUGGCUUAUUUGGUGACCAAAUUAUAUUAUCUUAGAAAAGAAGAUACGUGUUGGCGUUGGGCUAUAUCAUUAGAGAAACGAAUUGCAAUAGCCAUGUAUGCCCUGGGAUCAUCAGCAGAGUAUCGGACUGUUGCAAGUUUGUUUGGAGUUGGAAGAACCACUGUAGGAGAACUUGUUCUUGAGUUCUGUGAUGCAGUUAUUCAUUCUAUGCAGGACGAAACAUUCACAUCAUACCCACCAACUACAGCGAAAAUUGAGGAAAUUACAAGCGGAUUUUUAAAGCAUGGAUUUCCCCAAUGUUAUGGAGCUGUGGACGGUUGCCAUAUUGAAGUCAGCGUGCCGAAAAAUGAAGCAGUGGACUACUAUAAUUUCAAAGGUUGGCAUUCCGUAGUACUGUUUGCGGCUGUUGAUUAUAGAUACCGUUUCACGUAUAUCAAUGUGGGAGUUCCUGGGCGGUCUAAUGACUCGACAAUUUUUGAAAAUUCAGCCUUGAAAUCAGUACAUGAUUCCCACAUGUUAUUCCGACAGCACUCGAGAAUAAUCGAUGGUCUGGAAGUUCCUAUUCUUCUCAUUGGUGACUCAGCCUUCAAACUCUCUCCAACUCUCAUGAAACCAUUUCCUUUCAUCAUAAACCAAAGUGAAGACGAACGGUUAUUUAACUACAUUUUGUCACGAAGUCGGAGAGUGGUUGAAAACGCUUUUGGGCAUCUGAAGGCACGAUUUCGAAAGAUCGGUCGAGGUUUGGAAGUAGAUAUUUGUAAUGCUAAUCGUAUUAUAAAAACAAGUUGCAUUCUACAUAACCUUUGUAAUGAUCGCAAUGACAAAAUCAAUAAAUCGUGGAUUUUAGAAAUGAAAACAAAUGCACCUAGGCCACAACCACAAAGAGGGUUAACAAAAGCGGCCGAUAAUCAAUCAGGAAUGAAUAUUCGCCGAGCAAUAACGAGACAUUUAGCUGUUGAUAACUUCGAACGCUUUUUGGAUGAUUCUGGAUGA